GGCAGCACAUGGAGGCAAGACGGUGAAAAGGGUACGAUAAUAGAGCGUCUGAAACAUCUUUUCAGUCCUCUUUUCUGUCCCUGGGUGUCUGGUUUGUUUCUUCCUCUGGUGAGUGACUUGAUUUCAUGGAUGCUGGAGUCAUGACAUUCAGUGGCUCAAGGAACCAAGUAGCUAAAAUGGCCCAGAUUAACAGAACUAUUGCCAUCUCGCCGACUGUCAUUGCCACAGUUCUGGCAAACAACUCCCUCCUGUCAUCCACCCAUGGGCCUACCUCCAUCUUCUACCCUCACCCCACCUCUAACACCUCAACAACCAACUUACACAAGGGGAGCAUUAUGGAAAAUCCAGCUUCCACAGCUGUGGGUGCUCUCAUCCUGAGCCUCGUCUUCCUCUUGGGUGUCCCCGGAAACCUCUUCAUCAUCUGGAGCAUCCUAGCGCGGGCCCGCAAGCAGUCCGUCACGACCCUCCUCAUCCUCAACCUUGCUUGUGCCGAUGGCUCACUCAUGGCUAUCACUCCCUUUUUCAUCAUCUACUUGAUUCAGCAGAAGUGGGUGUUUGGGAAAGUGAUGUGCAAGAUCCUCUUCUACCUUUGUCUGGCCAACAUGUAUGCCUCCAUACAGCUCAUCAUGCUGAUGAGCCUCCACAGACUUGUGGCGAUAUUGUGGCCGCAGCGGGUCAGUGCCAUCACCAGGCGGAGGACUGUGUUGCGGGUGCUGGCGUUUGUUUGGGUGGUGGUAAUGGCCGCCUCUGUACCCGCUAUUGUCUUCAGAGACGAGAGACCGAGGAAAGGCCGCUUGGUGUGCGAGUCAUACCACAAUCGCCCUGGUGAAGUGGUCCUGCAGUACACGAUGGAGCUAGUGAUUGGAUUUUUAAUUCCCUACAGCGUGAUUGUGUGCAGUUACAUCUGCAUCUUGCGGCGGAUCAGACAGACCAAGUUCCAACGUCGGAUCCGUAGCGAGAAGCUCAUACUGGCCAUCGUGGUGACCUUCUGCCUCUUUUGGCUGCCCUAUCACGUCAUCAACAUGGUUCAAGUAACGGCGGCUUUGUGCAAAGACAGUUCAACUGUUAAAAAAAAGCUGGAUUACAUUUGGCAAACCUGGCGUCCUGUUGCCUCCUCCCUGGCUUUCAUCAGCAGCUCUGCCAACCCGGUGCUCUACGUGUUCGCAGGGAAGUCCUACAUCCGUCGAGAAGGCCUCGCGUUUAUGGCCCGCUUGUUUGAGGGUGCGGCGCUGGACUCGGGGACCAGGAAGAGCCGGCAGAACAGCCGACAGAACAGCCACAACAGCCGAGACAAAGACGCAGAUGCAGUCAUGCUAAAGGAGAGAGACCCAGACUCUGUGACCAACACAACCAACACAACCAACACAAGCUCCAGUGUCAAACCUGUGAAGAAUGGCAAAUAAAACACAGGAAAGGCAGCAGGUCUGAUGCUGUCGCCAUGGCUCUGGAGGGCAAAAUCCAUGUGCUUUGAAUGCCUCCUCCCUGUGACUUUGCAUAUAACUUUGAAAAUUUUAAACAAGCAGGCAGCAUGUUUGGUUUACAAGGCAAUGUAAGAAGAGGAACUGCUCCCUGCCCUGACUCCCCUGCUGCACAACUGAACUUUAAGAGUGUGACAAAUGGAGGCAAUCAUAUAUCCCUUAAAAAUGUAAAUGAGGUGAUGAUGUCACUGUUAAUUACACUGAUCCUGGAAGAGCUCACAGCCUGAAGCAUCAAAAACUGGGCUAUGUGUAUUUCAGUUUAAUUUUGACAGUAGGGUUUCAUCCUGGAUUGUGCUGGUCAAAGCUUAGGAUAUGUUUACUUCUUUAUAUUAGAUAUGAUUUUUUUUUUUUUUUUAAACUAGAUUUGUUUGCAUGUUAUGUUUUUGUCAUUUUUUUUCCAAUAUGCAAGCAAAUCAACCUGAACUGAACACUGAAUAUGUUUAUACCUAAGUAAACAUGAGUGAUUUUUAUCCAUUUUUGAACAAAGAUUCAACUGAGGCACAUUAAAUUUUCAGUCUCUCCUUUAGUUAUGUUUAUGUUUGUUUGGGACACUAACUCAAAAUGCUCACUUGAUAUUUUCAAAUGACCCACCUCAAAAAAAAAAAAAAAAAAAAAAUUCCACUGAAAAUUUUGAAAUGCUAAUACAAGUGCAACCUCAAAGCAAUGGCUUAAAAAAUACAUUUUGGCGGGUGAAAAAAAGAAUGAAAAAUUAAAAGAAAAUUACUCAGUGAUGUAAAGCACCCACACUGACAAUGUGACUCAUUGGAUUUCAAGUUGAUUGUGCAAUCUGGCUCUUUAACACAUUCUGUUCCUGGUAGUGAGACACUCUCUGUUUUGCAAGAGGAAAUUUAUAAUGCUGUACAUGUGCCAAAAAAAAAAAAAAAAAUGUCCUGGUGCAAAGGAAGACAUGCAAAUCACAAAAUGGGCAUGAGAUAAUGCUCAAACAUGAUGCUGCCAGUCGCCUGAAAAAAACUGCCCCCUUAUUUGUUCAGCCUGCAGGCAGGGCCUGGAGCCACUCCUCGUUCCUUGUCAUCACUCCUUUUAUAUCAACUUCCGCCCAUCCACGCUAACUAAUCCAUCAUUCUCCUUUAUGAGAUACUGAAUUUCAACAAUGUUAAUAUGCAACAAGAGCCAGUUGUAGGUCUUUAGUUGUGUGUUUAUCUUCUGGUUUAUAAAUAUGCAACUGUGUAAUAAUGCAAUAAAGGAAAAACAGUAUUGGACUCUUGAGCUUGACAUUAACUUUUUGGCUCACCAGCCACUGUGGCAAGUGGUUUUCCAAAGGCACCAGCCCCCCAAAAUUUUCACCUGACAAAAUCACCUGUAAUAUUAGUAA